UUCUAUAUAUCACAAACACAGUGCUCAAAAAUAGCAAAAACCCUUAAAAGCUUCUUCAUUCCUUGUCUCUUAAUUGACAAAAAAUGAGGAAACCGGAUAAUAAUAUGGGGAAGGACAAAAUGGGAAAUAGCAACACUAUUAUUAAGAGCAAGCUUAGAAAGGGUUUGUGGUCACCUGAGGAAGAUGAGAAGCUAUUAAGGUACAUGCUCACCAGUGGACAAGGUUGUUGGACCGACAUUGCGCAACGGUGCGGCAAGAGUUGCCGCCUCCGUUGGAUUAACUACCUAAGGCCGGACCUUAAGCGCGGCGCUUUUUCGCCGCAAGAAGAAGAUCUCAUUGUUCAUUUACAUUCCAUUCUUGGCAACAGGUGGUCUCAGAUAGCAGCACGUUUACCUGGGCGUACAGACAAUGAGAUAAAGAAUUUCUGGAACUCCACACUCAAGAAAAGAUUCAAACUCAGCACCAAUAACACCCCUUCACCAAACAACAACAAUAGUAGCAGUGAUGACUCUUCAUCAGAUCCUAAUAAUGCUAAUGGAAUCAUGAUGGUGCACCUCAAUGAACAACAUCAUGAUCUCAUGCCCAUGUCAAUGUGCAUGGACUCAUCAUAUUCUUCAUCUUCAACUUCUUCAUCAAUCUCAUCCAUGCAUCAACAACAAGCAGCACCAAUGGUUUUUUCUGACCCAUUUUCUAUCUUGAUAAAUAAUAAUAAUAAUGAUGUGCCUCAAUGCUUGAUGACCCAAUUUGGUGGCAUGGUAGAGGAGGGGCAUAAUGGGAAUUAUGGAAUUAUCGGGUCUAACAAUAAAAUAGGGCUAGAAAGAGAGUUGUCCCUUCCUCCACUAGAAAGUGACAAUAAUGCCCCUAUUAUUGAUGUGAAAAACCAUAACAACCAUUUCAAUCAUCAUCAUCAUAGUAGUUGCUUCAAUAAUGCUAAUCAUCAAAUUCAUCAGAAGGUUUCCAAGGUGGAGGAAUUGUUCGGGUUUGGAAAUAAUAACAAUAGUGAUCAUCAUGGGCAUCAGCAAUUGCAUCAAGGGGAAAACUUGAAAAUUGGAGAAUGGGAUUUGGAGGAU